GUUUGGAUGGAUGGGCCUAACUCCCAACAAAUAGUACUAUAUAUGGAAUCACGUGGUAUCGCGACAGCCGGAUUCCGUCACGCGUCGGGCUGCUGACCUUCGGCCUAUCGUCAUGAUCUCCCACUGUACACCACACGCAUCGGUGUAUUCCAAUGAUACCCUUUCUUAACUAGUGUAACAUUUAUAUAACUCUUAAUGAUGCCCGCUGUUGGCGACCAACAUCGAGGCAACCCGACAUGCAUCAUGAUGCCCAACACGGCCGAUACUACAUCAGCAAACCCCUUUGAGGAACGCCCUCGCCGCAUGAACGAGUAUACAGCACGGGAGAUCGCCACACUGCAAGCACGGCUGGAUAAGAAAUUAGGCCCCGAAUACAUCUCCUCUAGGCCAGGCGCUGCGGGACAGAGAGUCCAUUAUUUGGCUGCAGACAAAUGCAUUAACCUUGCCAACGAGGUCUUUGGCUUCAAUGGGUGGUCGAGUUCGAUACAACAAAUUCAGAUCGAUUUCGUUGACGAAAGCCCAAAUACAGGGAAGAUUAGUUUGGGUUUGUCAGUGGUAGUGAGGGUGACUCUGAAAGAUGGGACUUACCAUGAGGACAUCGGGUACGGUCACAUUGAGAAUUGUAAAGGGAAAGCUGCGGCUUUCGAAAAAGCAAAGAAAGAAGGAACCACAGAUGCCCUGAAACGUACAUUGAGGAAUUUCGGCAACGUACUGGGCAAUUGCAUUUAUGAUAAAGAUUACGUAUCGAAAGUGACGAAAGUGAAGACAGCACCUGCAAGAUGGGAUGUGGAUGACCUUCACAGACACCCUGAUUUUGCACCCAUCAAGAAAGAACCAGUUCCGCGGAAGCCGAUACAGGAGGAUGAUGAUCUCCCUCCUCGCCCGACUAAUGCUGGAAAGAGCAACAAUAGCUCAGCCGACACCGCCUUCGAUGCUGAUGGAGAGUUUGGAAGUGACCUAUUUGACGAAGCGGACUUUGGAGUCGCCGCUACUGGAAACCCAGAUGAAAUAGUAAUAGGCCCAGAUACGCAGGGAUUCCAGCAGCCACCAACGCCUAUGAACCGUCAAACUGGCCCAGCCCCGUACAGGGGCCCUCAACAACAUAUUCCCUUAGCCGGAGCAAGACCCAACUCCGCCAUUGUCACACCAUCCAAGCCAGAACGACCGCUCAACCAGGCAGCUGCCCCUAGACAGAUACUGCCCCUUGCUCUGAAUGGCAGACCAAACCCUACUUUACCCGCUCAAAACCCGCAACACAACCUUCCAAGCGAAAGGAUACAACCGGGCCAACCAAGACCUAACCAGGACACAGCCUUGCCCAGUGCAGGUGGUCAGGUGCCCAUUAAACGGGAACAAGUUCCUAAUCCCAACGAUCCCAGAUCCCAGGACAUGCUCCCACCCGGAAGCUCACCGAUGCCAUCCGCUUCAUUUUUCUCAGCCCGAGCAGUCGAUCUCCUACGGGACAAUCCACAAGCUAAUGCAGCCCCGGCAUUCGACCCCCACGCAGAAAGCCCAUCAAUCCGCAAGACAGCAGGUGUCGACCACACCAAGAGUGUCCCGAUUUCCAAACCCAUGCUUGCCGGCGUAUCCCCAGUCCCCAAUAACACCCGUGACUUCAUCAACCCUUCUCAAGAUAUGCAUCGGAAAAUCGGCGCCCCUGACGGAAUCGGCAGUCCCAUGAAUCGAGGCCAGACAACCUCAUCCUACCGCCCGUUAACGAGACCAAACAUCGACCCCAGGAAUGCUGCGAAUGCUGCAGCUGCAAACCGGAGCGUCGGGCCACAGAAUCUAAACGGUAAACGACCACCUCUGAGUGACGUGACUAAUGCAUCCACCUUGGGCGACAGCGGGCCUGCUCCCGUCGGUGGUGCGAUAGACCCUAAGAGGCCGAAAAUCAACGAGGGGCCUGUACCACAGCAACAGCAGCAGCAACAGCAAUAGGACCCUUAUCGGAUUCAGUAUAGUUAUACGGCAACAUGAAUAGAGUAUCCAUGGUUACGCGGAGAUCGUCCAGGCAUUGCAUCGUUAUAGGCCAUCUCAUCGGUAGUUCAAAGGCAUAGGCGUUCAGGAUUGGGAAACGGAUAAUGGAACUCUGGGUUCAAAUGUAAUGAGUGUUCUUGAUGGAUGUUAUUUUCGUUAUAUUCUGCGCACACUAGCUCGAGGCGUGUCUCCUUAGACAAGUAUGUGGCUGGGUUGCCUGCGAAAACCACACAGCUUAUACUAUACGUAGUCUGUCAAAAUAAAAAUGAAAAUAAAUGAACUAUGAGCAUGGACGCUGCCUGGAGUUUCCAUGGAGUCUUCAAA